AUGGCUCUUAAGCUGCGCGACAAGUCCCUGGCGACCAUACUGGCAACCUUGGCUCAUCGUGGUGGCGAAGCCGAAGUUACGCCUCCCCGAGAAAAGCGGCCGCGGGACUGUCAACAUGCUGCGGAAUCCACCGGAGAUGCACCGCCUGGAAAGCGCGGCGGAGCACGCCCUGGAGCAGGCAGACCAAAGGGAAGCUACGGCAGGAACAGGCUUCGCCAAGCUGCGCAACAGCUCAAUGGUUAUCUCGAGCGAGGGCAGCUCCAGUGUGCGCAGAUGGUCUCGCGCGAUCUUCCUGGAGCGAUGUUGGAUGCAGUGAAGGAGGCGCACCAGCAAGAAGUGGUCUAUCGACCAGCGUUCCUCAAGCGCCAGAGCAACAGGGGUUUGGGCAGGAAGGAGGCUCUUCGCAAGCUGGCGAAGCAUCAAUCGCAGCUGCAAAAGGAGGCCGCAGCAUCUGCUGCAUGUAGAUCGGGCUGGGAGCGGGGGCAGGGUUGUCUCCGCGCCGUCAUCAAGGAAUGCCAAUCCGCUAUAGCAGUCACAUCUGCUGGACUCAAUGAGUCUGUUCUCGUCUCGCAUUCACAAGCCGGCAGCCUGCAGUUCAAGGCCUUGGCUCGGAAAGGACUGUACCACAAGCUGCUCAGGGGGGUGUCCAAGAGGCAAGCUUUCGAGGAAACGGCGGAGUUUUUUGAAGUGGCAUCCAGCACCCUCCGUGAGUGGGAGCUUUCCUACCGCACCAAGGGCCACAUCCAGGUGGACCAGAGGGGGAAACACGAACGGCGGUGGAUCCUGAGCUUGGACGAGGGUCUUCUCGUGAUGGUACGCCAAUGGAUCCGCGUCAACUCUAUCAAAAAUGGGGAGCCCAACAUGACAGCCGAGGGCUUCCGCGAGUACCUCAACAAGGACGUCUUGCCACAGUCGGGCCUGUACUUUGACGGCCGUGACCGCGAAGACGUGCUAGCGUACCGGGUCGAGAAGUAUCUCCCGGCGUACUUUGAGCACCGCGAUUACAUGGAGAUCUGGAUCGAGGCGACUUCGGACGAGGCGCGGUCCUGGGAGGUGCAAGUGCAAGAGCAGGACAGGCAAGAGGAUGGGCGUGUUUGGGUUUGGGUGCAUGCCUUCAAGGAGACCCUCUCCGAACUUCCUCAGCAUCUCCGCGAGAGGGUCACCAGCAAAAAAACAUACUCUGACGGCAGGAGAGCGAUCUUGUGCUACCAUGACGAGUGCAUCUACAGGGCCAACGACGGCCAGCGUUUCGCGUGGGUGCCACCCAACUAUCACGCGUUCAAGAGGAAGGGAGAUAGUCAAGGCAUUAUGAUCUCUGGCACCAUCGUCGACAACGUGGGGGUCGAGUACGGCAAGAGCAUGGACGGCUACCGGACGGGCGCGAAGAUGGUUGAACACAUGGCAGAUGUAUUGGACCUCUUGGCGGUUAAGCAUCCGAUGCACAAGCCCAUCUGCUUUUUCGACUGGUCAUCUUGCCACGACUGUGUCGAAGACGGGGCACCGAGCGCAACUCGCAUGAACGCCGGGUAUGGGGGGGUGAGGAAGGGUAAACAGUUAGCUGCCCAGGACGCUACGACCCUACUGGCAGACACGCCCAAACUCAAGCAAGGGACGGUGCAGUACCUUACCUUUCAGGGCGAGAGCCUUUUCUGCGACGUGGGUGCCGAGGAUUACAUUGGCAAGCUCAAGGGGCUAAAGCAAGUUUUGUUUGAGAGGGGGCUCUGGAACGCGGACAUGAGCAUGAAAGGAAUCAAGAAAGGCCAACAGAAGUAUGACCCAGCGUUGUGUAUGCCGGUGGGGUUGGGUACGCAGGAGGACUUGGCGAGCGUAGAGCCUAGCCUAGUGGUCUUCGUGAAGCGCCGUGAAGGAGUGGCAAUCAUACUCCCCAAGUACCACUGCGAGAUCAACCCGAUAGAGCUAGUGUGGGGUAGAUCCAAGUAUUGGGUCCGGCAGCACUGCAAGACGGUGGCCAACUUCAACGGGGUGUACCGCGACGGACUCCAGGGCACGGAAGCAGUACAGAAGAGGGACACCUUUAAGUCUCACCGCAAGCCGGCCCCGUCAGAGUACAUUAACCCUAAGUGA